ACAGAUCCCGUGGAUUUUACUAGAUUCAUUCAUUAAAAAUUGGCGUGCUGCCACGCCGGGUAUCCAGCACGUGCUUUCAGAGCGUCGAACUUCCCGAUAAAUCAAAUCUCGAGUGACAUUUCAAAUAUGCAAAGCUACUGUUCUAAGUCGCGCAAAUGUAUCGAAGAUGCGAUUAAAGAGGCACUACCAAUAAUUAAUGAUACUCGCGUGUAGAUAGAGAUACUAACGUUUAGAAUUACGAUACUUGUUGACAUCGUUGAGAGUAGUAUAAAAGAAAUUAGUUAUCACGGGGGUGUGUUCAGUUAAUCUUCUAAGGCAUCACUGAAGAGUUCUAAUCAACGUGUUCCGCGACAAUGUUUAAAUGUUGCAUUUUAAUUCAUUGCAUUCUCCAAGUAACAACAGUACAUUAUCUUGGAUUUGGACCUAGUCGACAGGAUUGGGGAUUCGAAGAGGUACGACAUGGAGCUCAUAUGUUCUGGUGGUUGUUUUACGUCACUGAUUUGACCGUUGAUCAUUACUCUGAACGUCCGAUCGUUAUUUGGCUACAAGGUGGACCUGGAGGAUCCUCAACAGGCUACGGAAACUUCGAAGAAAUUGGACCCUUGGAUCUAGACUUGCAAGAAAGACCGCAUACAUGGGUCAAAUACUGCAACGUUUUGUUCAUCGAUAAUCCGGUUGGAACUGGUUUCAGCUAUGUGGAAGAUCCAUCACUGCUAUCAAGCAAUAACGAACAGAUUGCCCAGGAUUUGGUGACCCUGAUGAGGCAGUUCUAUAACAUUUUUCCAGAGUUCAAGAAGACUCCUUUGCACAUUUUCUCGGAAAGUUACGGUGGAAAAAUGGCUGUUCAAUUUGCAUACCUUCUUGAUCAAGCCGUUAGAGAUCAGUCAAUAGCUAGUGAUCUGCGAUCUGUGGCAUUGGGAGCACCAUGGAUCUCUCCGGAAGAUUCAAUUAUGUCCUGGAGCGAAUUUCUAUUAAACCUUGGGUUCGUGGAUACCAAAGGCUACGCAGUGAUUCAAAAAGCUGCACAAAAUAUUCAAAAUUUGAUUCAUACCAAUGAAACCAAAAAAGCGACUGAAAUUUGGAAAAGUAUGCAACACAUAGUGACGAAAGAGGCGAUUGGAAUCGAUUGCUACAAUGUAUUGACCCCUCAAAAAUUCACCAGCGCAUCGGUUACCAAAGACGACGACGAUGAAAUUUUACAAUUUGGUGAUGAUGAUCAUCAAGUAGCACAUGGUACCGAAAGAUCGCACAAAUUAGAUCAAUAAUUGAUGCGUGGCCCUGUAGCUACUGCAUUGGGCAUUCCAAGCCACGUGCAAUGGGGCUCUCAAAAGGAUAUGGUUUUCGAAGCACUAAAUGAGGAUUUUAUGAAACC